ACAGUUUUUGUUGUAGUUAAUUACCCAUUUUGUGUACUGAAUGCUUGGGAAAUUGGGCCACAGUAUCGGCCCAAUUUUGAAAUCCUUUUCUAUAAACCCUAGCGGUGGUUCGGGCGCACGAGCAGCAACGAUGGCUUCCUUUGCAGUGACUCUACUACUGCGACGCGUCCCCUCCCUCCGCGGCGCCCGGGCCCUUUCGGUGGCAUUACCGUGGCGAUGGUAUUCGAGCUUAUCUCGCGACAGUGAUUCCGACUCUACGGUCGCCUUCUCGUAUGGAAGCGAGAGCGGCUCGGACGAGUCGUCAACGCCGUUGAGGGAGAAGGAGAUCAUGAAAGACAUUGAACCUAUCCGGACCCUCGCCAAAGAUAUUCUUCACUCCAAGAGAUACAGAGAUGGGGAAUCUUUAAACGCUGAAGAUGAAAAAGAGAUCACAGAAAAAAUUCUCCAUUAUCAUCCACAUUCAGAAGAUAAGAUAGGCUGUGGCCUCUCUUCUAUAGUGGUUGAUCGACAUCCAGAGUUCAGAUAUUCUCGCUGCUUAUUUGUAGCACGAACUGAUGGUGACUUGGUAGACUUCUCUUACAAUAAGUGUCUCAAAACUUACAUCCGAAGUAAGUAUCCAUCGCAUGCUGAAUGGUUUAUUCGUAAACAUUUUGGACGGAAAUGAUUGGAACGUUUUCCAUCUACCAUCAGAGAGGUGAACCUUUUUGGUUGAUGCCAUUGUUCUCUAUCAAUAUAGACCUUUUCUUUUUUGCAGUUGUAAUGUUAUUAGUUGAUGGAUGAAAAGAUUAUAGACCUUUUUUCUUGACAAUUAUCUUGUCAAUCCAAAUGAUUGAAGCAAACUCUAAAUUAAUUUUGGUGAAUUGAGCUAGUAACAAUCA